GUGAAUAAUCUCCACCAAAAGCUUGAGGCCCAUUUGCUGGAGCUGCAGCACAACCUCACUCUGCCUCCAAGGGAUUUAAAGAGACAGCGGUGUACCUCCCCUGUUAGACAUGAAAGUGGUACUGGUGUUCAUCUCCUAAAAUCUCAACUGGACUUUCAAUCUCUGAUCUUACAACCAAACAAAAUAUGUCUAACUAUACGCAGCAGUGACCCCAGGUCCCCAAGGUGGAUUAACCCGAGAGAGGUCAAAGAUCAUCUAAGGCAACUCCUUCAGAUUAGGCCUCCGCUAAUAGAUCUCAGUACAGUGAAACUUUUAUACUACCACCAUCGGUUCCAAAAAGUACUGCUCUCCUUCCAGUCACCAAAAAUUCCCUCCAUACUGGUUAGGCGCAAAGCGUUAUUGGCCACCUGGGGCAUCUUCCCAACGAGAGUCUUUAAUGACACCAGGACUAAACCUCUUUUCCGUAGCAUCGUACAAAAAGGUAUCCGCUCGCCAGACAGGCGCGACAUAGUCUUGAAACUCAAGCUGUCCACCCAGGAACCUCACCCUCCCUCUCAGCCCAAGCUUCCUGGUUUAUCUACUCCAGCAACAGAGAAGCAUGACCAAAGCGGACCCAGUCAUCUGGCUUCCUCAGAGGAGAGGGACCUUAUUUCAUCCUAUGGCGAGUUGCCAUUAGUAGAACAGCAGGAAGUUAUAAACAGGCUUGAUACACUCAAGCAGCAACUUACACAUGUACUUCAAGAGAAAAUCUCCUCAAAACCUGGUCAUAGCAACCUAUUAAAUCAAAGGAACGCAGUCAUGAAGGGGCUAACACCCCAGAAACCCCUGCCAAUCACUGGGACUCCAAUAACGGAUGAUAUGGCAGUCUGCCUGGCGGAAGCUCCUCAUACACCGUCGCAACGCAGACCCUCUUCACCUCUACUAAUAGAUUUGCAAUCAACUACCUCGUCCCUCGCCUUAAAGAGCAAUAUGCCAAACACCAUUCAUCCAG